AUGUCCUCGACCCAUUCAACACUCUGUGCGAGAGCCCCGAGCGGCUACGACAGCUUUUACGACACCGUAGGGUCCAAGAUCCUCAUAGUGCUCAUGCUAGAUUUGGCCGCUAAUUCGUAUCCCAUAGCACUAGCCAAGACCGCCGGAGAACCGCUGUUCCGAAUCGAUCAACAGACGUAUUGUGUUGUACUACAAGGGCUGUGCAAUGGGAACGGCCUGGCGCCACUGUUGAUCCACAAGUCUUUGUUCCAUUCCUUAUCCCUUCUCCUAGCAUUAGCAGCCAAUAACUAUCAGCCUAACUACGAAACAAUGCACCACCGCAGCCAGGUUCUUCAGUCUCUCAAUCGAGACCUGGCCCGUUUCGGCGAUGACUCGACAAUACUACAUACCAUAACAGCCAUUCUCAUGCUGAUCAGCUAUGAGUACCGAGUCCGUGAUGCAUAUCCUGGUAAUGCCUGCGCUGCUACACAUAUGCGUGGACUCCAAGCGAUAAUAUCCCAACCUAACAUCUUGGCCAGUCAAUAUAGUGUCUUGCAUCUUACUCAAGUUCAGCGAGCUCUGUUCUGGCAGGACAUCAUCUGCUCCCUUGCAACUGGUGCUCCCCGACUGUUGCAGUUCGACAAUCGUGGGAUAUUUACGCGUUUACGGGAGGAUGAGACGUACCGCAAUUAUUUUACUCUGCCGCAAGGUUUUAUCCCGCACAGCCAUGGGUGGCCUGCAGAGGUAUCUGCUGUCUUCGAGGAUCUCAGCGCGUUAUGUUGCAUCGUGGACACGAUGCGUCAAGGGACAGGAGCGUCAAUCAGCCUCGUGGAUAAUGGUAACGAGGAUACUUUGGCUAACCAAGUACCGUUGAUGGAGGACUUGGAUGAUGAGGUUUACCCAUUGUGCAAUAGCCAAGCCGAGUUGCAGAUCAGAGUCGUGGAUCUUCUUAGUACAACAGUAAGAGUUGGUUCCCAGAGCGAAGAAGCCCUGAUUUACAGAGCAUGCCUCUUUGCGGCUUACCUUUGUACAUAUCGACUCUCUGAAGGUGUCUGGGGAGGGUACUUUGCGCCCGAGAAGUGUGUCACCGGGAUACUAGAUUGCAUGACAGACUUUGCAAGACAAAUGUCGCCGUGGAAGCUUGCCUCGGACAUCACAUUCUCGUUGCUGUAUAUGGCUGGUGGUCUCACAAAGAGUCGGCCCCAUAGGGACCGAGCGGUUGAAUUGCUUGAAAGUUAUCGGUGCUUCUACGCAACUGGUUACGACCGGGACUGGGAGCUAGUAGAGAUGAGGUUGAAGAAGUUUAUCUGGUGUGAACAUGUCAUGAAACAAAAGAUGUAUAGGUUUUGGCAAGUAUGCCAGAUUUAA